AAAGAGUUUGGUGGUCCUCACCCUUCAUCACUCCAGAUCCAGGCCACCCCGGGGCGGAGCUACACCUCAAAGCUUGCACUCCGGACUCUGAAUACUCGCACAUAGGCGCAAUCUUUGGCGGGGCGGCUAGUUAAGACUGAACGUGAUCAAAGGCAAAAAGAGUCCUCCUCUGUGAUUGUUUGCCAUGGGAGCGCAAGGCUCAGCGCAGCGGGACGGGAAGAGUCAGGAGGAUGCGUCAGCGUCAGCUUCAGCCUCCGCCGGGAAGCUGAGUGCGGAGGUGAAGGUGCUCCAGGAGGGAGGCGGCGUCCUCGAAAGCAAGCCUUUGGAGAAAAAUGGACAAAUCUCCAGCUUGGCCAGCCUGAAUGGACACUCAGAUGACAACACGCUGGCAGAAGUUGGCCAGCCAGAUGGUGUAUCUGUGGCUCAGAAGGAGGAGGCUCCUGAGACUACAGACACUAUCCCAGAUGAAGUAACUCCUCAAGUAAACGGUGAAAAAGUGGAUAAAGAGUCCCCUGAUGCAAAUGACAUUUGCGCUAUUGAAGAGAAGGCAACUGAUGACCAGUCUGAAGAUGCUGGUGAUGUCAGUUUCAAGAAGAUCUUCACCAUUGUAGGCUUGAAAUUUACCGUGAAGAAGGACAAAAGUGAGGAAAUGGAUCCUGUACAGUUGCUGACAGUCAAAGGAGAGGACAUCAGUGAAACUGAUGAACCUGCAAAGUAUGAGGAGGAAAGCAAUGCUAAAGAGAACAGCACAACUGAAGUAAAAGAGGAUAAAAAAGAGGCAUCUACUUCUGAAGCAGAAGUCACUAAAGAUACAGACAAAACCGAAACCACCGAAGCACCGUCUGAAGGUGCUGCUGCUGCUGAAGCCUCCAAUGAAACAGCCAAGGAGGAAGAACCUGAGAAGGAACCUGAGAAAGAAGCCCCUCCUCCACCCAAAGAGACUGGUCUGUCCCCAUUUAGGAAACUCUUUUUUGUAGGGCUUUUCUCAAACCUGCGAAAGAAAGCCAUUGUCAAGAAGACGAAAGAAGAAGAGGAAAAAGAGGCAGCCGCAAAAGAAGAGGCAGCCGCAAAAGAAGAGGCAGCCGCAAAAGAAGAGGCAGCUGCAAAAGAAGAGGCAGCUGCAAAAGAAGAGGCAGCUAAGGCAGUAGAAACUGCUGCUGAAGAAAAGGAAAAAGAUGUGGCAGAGAAAGAAACAAAGGAAGAGAAAGAUGUUGCUGCACUGGAAACAAAGGAGAAUGCUGUGUUAGAGGAGGGAACCAAAGGGGAGCAGGAAACCAAGGACGAAGCAACAGAGAUCUCUGUGGAGGAUAAACCCAAGCCUCCAACUUCUCCAGAAGAAGGUAAAUCUGAUGUUCCCCUACAGGCCUCUGUUGAUUCUGCAGCUUCUAAAGAUGAAACCAAACAAGAAGACCAAAAGGCAGAAACCAGUGCAGAAGAAGUGACCUCUGAUAGCGAUCUGCAAUCAUCACAGGAGAAGACAAAGCAACAUGGAAGUCCCUUGAAGAAGCUUUUCACAGGGGCCGGCCUGAAGAAGCUCUCCACUAAGAGACAGAGGAGCAAGAAAGAGUCUGAUUCAAGGCUCACAGACUCUGGAGAGCAGUCAUCUGAGCAACUCCAAUCCUCCACAGAGUCAGACGAGGCUCCUAAAUCUGAUAGUGGAACCUCAUCUCCAGAGGCGUCAGGGGAACAUGUUGCUGCGGCGGUGAGUCAGAAUGAGUCCAGCCAAGAAACUGAAGAAAUUGUGUCUGAUGGUGAGAAGAAAAAAGACGGUGUCAUUGCCUCCUUUAGGAAAUUUGUAACGCCCAAGAGAUAUGUUAAAAAAUCUGAUAGUGAAGAUGAAGGUGACAAACCAGCAAAGUCAGCCAUACUGUCCUCUUCUGAGAGUGCUCCAUUAGCAGAGGAGAGUGCUAAAGAGGAGGAUACUAAGGAAGAAAAGCCCUCUGAUGAAGAGCUAAAAACUGAAAACACAGAGAAACUAACCAGCAGCACUGAGGAGACCAAAAAGAAAAUUGAUUCCUCUGUUUCCUGGGAGGCUCUCAUGUGUAUGGGUGGACCCAAAAAGAGGACAAGGAGAACCUCUGAUUCUGAUGAUGAGGAGACCAAGGCUGAAGAGCCACCAGCAGCAGCUGAAGUGGAACAAGAAGGCAAAAAUGAAGCUGAAAAUAUUGAGAGUGAAGUGGAAGUUGCUCCUGCUCCUGCUACUGCCCCUGCUCCUGCUCCUGCUCCUGCUCCUGCUCCUGCUCCUGCUCCUGCUCCUGCUCCUGCUCCUGGUACUGCCCCUGCUCCUGCUCCUGCUCCUGAACCUGAGCCUGUUUCUGUCCCUGCUCCUGUGCCUGAACCUGUGGCUGCCCCUGCUCCCAUUCCUGCUUCUGCACCUGCACCUGAGCCAGUAUCAAAAGGGGGGUCCCCUUGGAGCACACUCAAACGUUUAGUUAUGGCAAAAAACCCAAAGCCCAAAGCCGAGGAAAAGCCUGAGGAAAAGCCUUCUGAACAAGUCCAGCCAGAGCCUGAGCCACCAAAAGAUGAGUCAACUUUCUCCCUAAGGAAGUUCUUCCCAGGACGCAGAAAGAAGGUGGUUGAAAAACAAGUCUCCAUUGAUCACGGGCCAGCUGAGGAAGACUCUGAAACCCCAGCUGUGGUUCCUCUCUCAGAGUACGAAGAACCAGCUGAACCAGUCCAAGAUGCACCAGCUGAACCAGUCCAAGAUGCUCCAGCUGAACCAGUCCAAGAUGCUCCAGCUGAACCAGUCCAAGAUGCUCCAGCAGAACAGACCACAGUCCAGAGUACACCAUCUGCUGAAGACCGAGCCCCAUCAUGGAUCCCAGCCAUUGUUGAGGAUGUGGAUGAAAAAAAUGAUCAGCUGAGUGAUAUCCCAGAAGAAGUGGACAACUUGGCCACACCAAAGUCUGUUGACUCUGACAUUUCAGAUGAUGAAAAUGAGGGCCCACCUACACCACCUACAGGUCCAAGCAGCACAGGACGCAGGCUGUCCACUGCAGAGGUCAAGCCUAUCACUCCAACUCCAGCUGCAGCAACUUCCCCAGUUCCUCAGGAGCCCAGUAUAGAAGAUGCACAAAAAGUCAUCAGCUGUAUUCAGCCACAAAUUAGUGAAAUUCCACCUCAGUCAUGUGCUGCUCUUGAAGAUAUAAAAGUGGAAGCUGCUUCUGCAACGACUGAAUAUGAACCCCAAUUAGAAAACGCCGAGACCACAACAAGCACUGUACUGGAGCCACAUUCAUGUAGUGAUGUCAUGGCCAUCUGCAUUGGUCUUGGCACCAAAGAGAUUGCCAAAGUUGCUGUGGAGGAGCCUGUUACACCUAUUGUAGAGAGUACAAUUGUGGUCAGUCAUGCUGUGAGCAAGGAAGUGCCAGUGGAGCGGUCAUUAGAUCAGGAUAAAGCAGGUAUCACUGAAGACCCCGUUUUCAAGGCCCAUGUAAACCGGGUACAAAUCCUUCAACUGGAGCCUGGUGUUAACAAAAUAGUGGGUGAAAAUGUUCAAGCUGCCAGACAGAAUUAUGAACCUGAGAUUGAGAAGGUUGGGGUUGUCAGCAUUGAGAACUCUGAGGUUAUACAACCCAGGACACUGAAAUCAAACUCUCCUAAAACUAAAGUGGUCAGUCCCAUAGCACCAACUCUUGAAAGACCUGUCAGCACCCAGACUGUACAAGUUUCUGAGGUAACUGUAGAGACCAAGGGCAUGAGGCACCAUGCUGCAUCUCAGCGAAAUACCCCUGCAAGAGAGGUGGCUCGUGCUGUUGCUCAAGAGGCAUCAUCCACCAUAGGUGACAGCGAACAAAAUAACAAUGUACAGGGGACCGAGAGAGCCACUCCUAGUGUUGUAUCAAGUGAAGAAACUGCUGUUAUCAUGGAGACAGUAGUUCUCGUCGCCCCAGAUAAAGCUGGACAUAAUCAAAAGGCAAAAUCAGGGAAGGUAAAACAUGCUACUGGUGUGUCAGAACCAGUCAAGAAGCAUAAAAGUAAGAAGGAUGGUAGUAGUAAAGAUGGAGCAGUCAUUGCAAAGGCCAGCAAGAAGAAGGAGAAAGUGAAGGAAGGCAUCCAUGAGUCCAGUGACAUUGAGAAAAAGAGUGUUGUCAUUGCCAAAGCUGUCAUUCAGGAUGCUGUGGACAAAGUUUCAGAAGAUGCAACUAAACAAAAAAAGUCUGCCACAAAAUCACCCACCAUUCCCAAACCAGCGAAGGCAAAAGCAACAAGAGAAGAAGAGAUUGAAAUUGGAAAUGAUGAGCUUGUUAUUACCGACACCCCUGUUCCUCUUUUCUGCAAGAAACCAGUCAAAAAAUCUUCUCAGCUAUUCUGUGUUGCCAUGGAGGUCGUUGAGUCUGUGCCAAUAGAAAUGAUUGAUGAGGAGGAGGAAGAAGAGAAGAAGAAAAAUAAGAAACCACAAAAGAAAUUUGUGAAAGCUGAGCAGGUACAUGCAAGUGAAGAAAUGGUUUUUGAGGAAGAAGUUGCAGAGAUCAUGACAGAUGGCAAACAGAGCAACAAAGGAAAAAAAGCUUCACCAUCAGAGGAGAGAAAAAUCCCUGAGAUCCAUCUGCCCGUCCAGGUGGUCCUGCAAGCAGCAGAUGAGAUUGAGGAUCCGCCAGUGAAAGUGGAAAGCUUGGCGGGGUAUGACAACGGUCUUAACACCAGCCCAACAGCUGAAAGUCCCUCAAGACAAAAGAAGCUCUCGGUGCUUUCAGAGGAACCCCACAAGAGUGGUUCAGCAAGAGGUUCUUCCCCCAGCCGAGGAAGUUCUUCCCCCAGCCGAGGAGGUUCUUCCCCCAGCCGAGGAAGUUCUUCCCCCAGCCGAGGAGCAGUUCGCAAAGCAGAGAAAAAACAAACGGCCAAGUGUGCAGAAGUAAUGGCGCAAGUGAUCGAGGUGAUUGAGGAGGCUGUGAAGGAGAUUGACCCAAUGUCCACAUGAGCAGCUUAAGAUACAAGACCGGUGCCUGGGGGAUGCAAUAUCUCAACCAGGAAGUGACUGAUGAGGAAGAGAGAGAAAGAGAUGCUCUGUGGUAACACUGUGUCUGGGCUUCGUCCAUCCCACCCAGAUAGACUGAGUGACUGAGCAACAGCUCUGCCAUUCUCUCCAGCUCCCCACCCACCUGUCCUCUAACCCCGUCCAGCAGCCCUGUCACAGCAACGUGACCACCCACUGUCAUACCCUCACUCACUCUCACACACUCAUGCAUGUCCUGUGCCUCAGAAGCAUCCCAUCUGGCUUGUAAUCACUCCACUCUGCAUUCAGUGUCUUAGUGGCUUUCCACUGCCUUGUUGCAUCACAUGAUAUGUGUGUGCGUAUGCCGGAGUGAGUGUUUUCAUGUGUAUAGCGGCAAGAGUGAGCUAGUGUCAGAAUGUGAAGAGAUGGAGCAUUAUUAUCUUGUAUAUUGUAUUUAUAUCUUGAGUUUUCUUUGAUUCAUUCAUUCAUUCAUAGCCUUAUUUUUUUAAUAAUUUUAAGGUCACUUUGCCUGUUUUUUUUCUUUUCACAUUGUACUGUGAUGCAUCUGGUAUCUUUUAGCAACAUGCUAAGAGUCAAAAUCAAAACUGAUGCAGAGAAACUUCAUAAAGGUCAAGGUCUCUUACAAAAGAGUUGCAUAAAAGUGCUUUGUGUGUCAUAUCCGUAACUGCAAUAUUAGAUUAAUUCAAGGAUUUGUAGUAAUUACAAUUAAGCCAUGGUACAAGUUUGAGAAAACAAAAAGACAGAGUGUGAUGCUAUCUACAUAAAAUGCACCAACAUAUUUACAAUUUGACACAGUCUUUUGUCAUAUUGUGUACUUCACUCUGCAUCCCAGCUAAAUACUUGGAAAGAUUUGUGUAGAUUAAAAAACAAUACUGCCUGCUUGACUGUGAAAAGACAUUGUUACACAUUGUUUUAUGUUAUAAUAAAAAGCUACAACAACACCCCUAAGUUGAAAAAAUGGCAGACGUAUGUGGUAAAUGCUGUACAACGGAGAAUCAUAGAUGCCAAAUUAA